UCUCAAAAAUAACAAGAUGGCGUUGCCAUUCCAUUAAACAUGGCGCGUAUAGUAUUCAAAUUUUGUCCGACUAUAAAUAUAUUGCGAUAUAUUAACAAUACAUCGGCGAUAAAGCGAUAUCUAGGUUAUGCGACUCUGUGGUAAGGUCACGAAGGCUCUGUAUGUUUACGUAGUUUCUGACUUCGGAUGGUAAGCAACGUCAGGCUGCUUGGAGCAGUUUUCGUUGUGAAACUGUCCAGCGUCUGUUGGGAGCAGAGAAAUUCAUUUUCGAGCGAAAUAAAACAAGUUCUCGUUAGUGUUAUAGAAAUAUAUUUAAACGAACAAUGUCGACGAAGUCUUCUGUCGAUUUACGAGCGGAGCUUGCAGAAUUAGUGAAACGAAAAGCAGAAAUAGCUGAUACUCUCGCCAACUUGGAACGUCAAAUCUACGCGUUCGAAGGUAGUUACUUGGAAGACACGCAGCUGUACGGCAAUAUAAUUCGUGGCUGGGACAGAUAUUUAGCGAGCAAUAAAAAUACGAAUAGCAAGGCGGAUAAACGUAACAGGAAAUUUAAAGAAGCCGAAAGGCUUUUUUCAAAAUCUUCUAUCACCUCCAUGGCUAUUGUAUUUUUGCAGGCGGUUAGUGGACUCGUGGAAAAUACCCAGGAAAAAAUUGACCGGUACAGCGAAUCGGAGUCACAGAUUGGGAACAGCGGUAGCGAGGACAAUUGCAGCCUGGUGAAUUCCCACGGGAGCACCGGGAACACGGCGACCAGCAACGGUAACAAGGAGUCCUCGGGGAAGAAUCAUUCCCUGACCGGCCAGUAUAACCAAAACGGAUCCCUGUCGUCCUCCAACGAAAUGUCGGGCCAGUUCGCGAACGGGCACGCGAGCAACGGGAGCCUCGAGCACGUCUCCCUCAAAGAGAAUACCGGCAAGGAGGCGUCGAAAAGCAAGGCUGCGAACAGCGCGAAAAAGAAUAGCAAUAAACGGUCCAGGAAUAGGUAGAACCCCGCGGUAUUGCCGGCAAACGCCGACAGUCGUUCGCGUCACGGGGAUCAAUCGAACGGACACCUUCUUCUUCGGAUCACAGUUUCAUUUUGCUCGCACGGUUUUACCGAUCCGCCGAUCGACGGAUCGCGCUCUAUUUUAUAUCGUAAACAUCCCCACGAGCGUUGAACUUUCAUGGAAGUGCGAGAUCCUCUCGAGAAGGCUUUCCGUCCUUAAUCCCCGAAGAUUAAGGGAUCAAGCGUUGCGGGUACGGGAUCGAGUGAACCAGGAGCGGAGGGUACAUAUACCUGGCGAUCGGCGCGCAGCUGUGUAUCCAGCAAACGAACCUUUCUUUCUUUUACAAUGUUUUCUUUGAACACACACGCUGUCAGUAUCCUAAAUUAUUUCCGUGCUUCUGGUCGCGAUCCGACGUGGUUCCUUUACUGGAUACGGAGCUGAUAGUCUCGGAAUAGUUCCUGGCUUGCGCGGUUAGUAGCACGGUGUGAAAUUUUCAUCGGAAUCGCGACAAAUGAGAAUCAAAAAGAGAUGCGAAGUUUCCCUUGGUCCUUUAUAGUCGAAACAACAGUAUUCGUUAUCCUUAAACUCGGAGUAACAUAGCGGAAGUAGAGUCUCGAUAUUUUUUUCGACUCCUGCCACACUAGUACGUUCGACUUGUUUUCUUGGCAAAUAGACAAUCCGUUCUUAAGGGUUUAGAGUUAGUUGUGUUUUGUGAUCGGUAACGUUAAAUAUUAAUACGAGAGAUACUAAUUUCAACUAAAUUCCAACUGUCCACGUUUCGAUGAAUUUUCCAUUCUUUUGUAACACACACACAAACACACAUACACACCUGUACAGUAUCUAAAUUGUAGUCGUAGCGUACGAUUAAAAUUUGACUGCACAAAGAACUACGUAAUAUUAGAAUUACAAUAUUCCUUUGUAAUCUUAAAUAUUAAAAUCGUUCGAUUUUAUAUGACAGUUUCUCGGCUCGUUUCAAAUAAAUCUCUGCUUUUCACUGUAAUCUUUGUAUCCUGAACGUGUCGCGUGGCAGCAGUGCAUAAGUUUUCGUUACACGACCGUUUCAACUCGAAAGGAGAAAAAAAGACUAUAAAAGUUUGAACGAAUAUUUGUCUUACGAUCAGCGUACGCGAGUGAAGCGACGUUAAUAAACUAUUCGGAACGAAGCGAACCGAUUUCGAUGUGCCCGCUGCCGGAUCUCCGCUUUUAUCGGAGAAGAGGACAAACGUUGGAAAGUGUUUUCGACUUGGGAUAAAAUUUGUGGAAACUAAAAGGAGGAUACGAGUUCUCGGAGCAACGGUUUUCGCAAGAUAAAAUGAUAGGGAGAAGAAAGUAGAAGUGGCAAAGGUCCCGACAAUUUUCAGCGACGGAAGAGUUUCGUUUACAACAACAGGUUUUAGGUGGCUCGUUCCUCGUGACGACGGCGUUGAACCCGUUAUCGUUGUCCGCCGUGUAAGUAACCGUUCUGAUCGAUCCGUCCGCUUCGACCACCGAAUAUUCACCCUUGACCGUGUCGCCGUCCCUUUCCUCCCAGGCCGACUUGGAGUCGCCGGUGUAUCCAUCCAGGACGCCGUAAUUAAACGAGUACUUCGGGUAAGCCUGCGAAAGAAGCCGCGGAAAUCGAUCGAUUCGAAUGAAACCAAGAACGUUGAUAAUUCUGUACGCUCACCGUGAACUCCGUUUCUUUUUCAUUGCUCGUGUCCGUCGCCACGACGGCGGACGCCGUCUUGAAGAUGGCCGGCGCGAUGUAUACCAACGACGAGCUCUUCGGCAGCAGCCUGUAAGAAAUCGGAGUGGACACUUUGACGUAAGUCGGAUGCGGAGUCUUGCUUCCGGCGGACCGAAGGGCGCAGGCUACUGGAACCGCUGCACCGUCCACGGAAACCGAGUCUAUCGGGGCGCAAGGGAACCUGCUGAGCAUUCAAUCUGAAUUGUACUACCGUCGUACCAGAUUAUCUCAUAGAUUUUCUUGAUUCGGAUAUCCGCUCGUUAACCCCUUGCCCUACAACAACGAGUGAGACUCGUGGUGAAGAUUUUCAAUAUGAUGCACCAAAUAUAUAUAUAUAUAUAUAUAUUACUCGGUUCAUUCGAAUUCAAAGUAAAUAUUAUUCCUC